AAGCAGUGUUUAAAAACACUUUAUAUAUGUUAACUCACCAAAUAAUCAUUAGUUGUGCACUUAAGCUGAACUAACAAUGAAGAGGUACAAUUUGCCCUUGUUCUCCGUUUUUCUUUUGUUCGAUUGGUCUUUGGCCGCUGAAUUCUCACCAGUGAUAGAAACUACUAAAGGACCGGUGAAGGGCCUCGUUUUAACAAGCAUUAGAGAAUCCAAGAAAUAUCACUCCUAUAGAGGUAUCCCUUAUGGCAAACCACCAGUUGGUUAUCUUCGAUUCAGAGCACCUGUCGAGGUAGAUCCAUGGACCGAAGAGUUCGAUGCUACAAAGGAUGGUCCUAUUUGUCCGCAAAUAUAUAAAGAAACAUUUGUCGGCCAAGAGGAUUGUCUGAAUCUCAAUGUCUACACUCCGCAGGUGACUUUUCAUCUCUUUAUUACUUAACAUGUUGACAAUCGA